GCACCGUGCUGUGGUGAAAAGAAGCACACGAAGGCUUUCAUAUUCCACGGUAACACACACAACACAAAAUUUUGCCGGUUGGUUUGUGUGUAAUUUGUUUUCUUGAUAAACGUGUAGAGAAGUUCUUUCUGGUCGAGCUGCUUCAUUUUUUUGACAUUUUCAUCCUUUGCUCAUUGGUGGUUGUCUUUCCCACCGUAUUGAUCACUCAUAAAGUAGAAUAACACAUUACGAAGAAGCAGAGAACAACAAGAUGGACGCUAGCGAGUUUGAAUUCCCGCCCGAUCAGCUCGACGACGACGUGGCAGCCGGCAUAUCCGCCUUCCCGGCUUCCGCCCCUAGCCUGUCCAAUGCACCUUUCGUCUACGCACCGCAGAGCUUUCCGUUAAGUGUGCUGGCACAGAUGCCGGUGGACCAGCUACCACCGACGCAGCCAAGUAAUCCGCAAAAAUUCUCCAUUGGACAAGUGAUGCGCGGUGCUCUCUCCACUGCCCACAUGCGGUCCUCCGCAGGCGGCAGCGGCGGCGGGAACCUGCCACGGCCGCCCACAAGCAUCUCCCCCCUCCCGUUCGCGUCUUAUGCACGGAGCAGCGACUCUCGCCGGCACUCGCCAUACCUCGCUGCCGGACACCCACCGCAGCGCUCGGUCUCGUCCGACGAGGAGGAGCGCGACGGCGGGGCAGAGGCCGGCGUGGCGCAGCCGACCAGCGACGGCGACGGCGAGCGUGAUGGGACUCAUGGUUUUCGUGAGACGGCCAUCGCGGUGCCACCGCUUUCGGGUCGGCCGGCCCGCAUCGACUGGAGCGAGGGCGAAGUGCGCAGCUUUUAUCGCGCUCUUUCCGAAUACGGCACCGACUUCGGCGCCAUCGCGGUGCUCUUCCCUCGUCGCAGCCGCAGUGAUAUUAAGCGGCUGUACCAACGGGAGAUGCGGCUGAAGCCGACAGAGGUGCAGCAGGCGUUGAACCAGAAGAGCCCCAUCGAUAUGAAGGUAUUUCAGGAGCGUUACGAGGCGAAGAAGAAGGAGGCGCAGGUGCCCGUCGCGACGAAGAAGCUGACGGUGGAGGAGCUGGCGUUGGUGGACGAGAUUGAAAGCGGCAUGCCGGUGCGUGCAUCGUCGACGGUGAACAUCGGAGAGGCGGAGGCGGUGCUGCCACCGGCGGCUCUGGACGCAGGGGAAGAAGCAACGGCUGCCCCCACUGGUGCGAAACCACGCAAGCGUAAACGCGAUGUAGUCGCUGCAGAUGACGCUAAGGAGGUGGCCGAGGCGGCGAAGAAGACGAGGCGGGAGCAGCCACAGCAUCUGGACAGCGGGAACGAGACGCUCUUCGACAUGGCCAUGCGCCACGAUCGGGAAGACAACGUACCGCUGGGAAGCCUUUUUGGCAGCCUCGCAACGCCGUUGGACGACACAGAUUUUGCGUUUGAAUAA